AUGGCUAACAAGGAGCCCGGCUUGGUUUCGCAAGCCAUGCAGCUUGUCUUCGACACUGCCAAUGGUCGCAACCUUACCCUCUCAAGGCUCGUGCCUCUGUGCCUCUUCGCCCUCGAUGCAGUGCUCUGCGCUGCCAUCAUCUGGAAGAUUCUCUAUACCGAGAUCGACUGGAAGGCGUACAUGGAACAGGUCGCGCAGUAUGUUGCCGGCGAACGUGACUACACGCUCAUCAAAGGCGGAACUGGGCCGCUCGUCUACCCAGCCGCGCACGUCUACACCUACACCGCGCUCUACCAUAUGACGGACGAAGGCAAGGACAUAUUCCUGGCGCAACAGCUGUUCGCAGUACUCUACAUGGCGACUCUAGCCCUGGUCAUGGCCUGCUACUGGAAGGCGAAGGUUCCGCCUUAUGUCUUCCCCCUCCUGAUCCUGUCGAAACGCCUUCACAGCAUCUUCGUACUCCGCUGUUUCAACGACUGCUUUGCCGUCUUCUUCCUCUGGCUCAGCAUCUACCUGUUCCAACGACGCGCGUGGACGCUGGGCAGCAUUGCAUACGCGUGGGGUUUGGGGAUCAAGAUGUCUCUCCUCCUGGUCUUGCCCGCGGUUGGGGUCAUUCUUCUAUUCGGCAGGGGAUUCUCGGGCAGUCUGCAAUUGGCUGCGAUCAUGGCCCAGAUCCAGUUCAUGAUAGCCACCCCGUUUCUCACCGAAAACGCGCGAGGCUACCUAUCUCGGGCAUUCGAGCUGUCACGGCAAUUCUUGUUCAAAUGGACAGUCAAUUGGCGUUUCGUCGGAGAAGAGACAUUCCUAAGUCGCCCUUUCGCAUUGACUCUCCUGGCCCUGCAUGCCGCGGUGCUGGCAGGAUUCAUCGCCUACAGGUGGUUAAAGCCAGCUGGGAAACCCCUAUCUGCCAUCGUGACACCGAUUCUGCAAUUCAGCUCUCCAUUCAACUCACAAGAAGAAUCUCAAGUAGCGUCAAGGAUCACGCCCGAGUACGUGAUGACUACCAUCCUCUCCGCAAACGUCAUCGGACUCCUUUUCGCGCGAUCUCUCCACUACCAGUUCUACUCAUAUCUCGCCUGGUCCACUCCAUAUCUUCUGUGGCGCAGUGGAGCGCAUCCUGUCGUCCAGUAUGGCCUUUGGGCUCUGCAAGAAUGGGCCUGGAAUGUCUUCCCGAGCACGUCCAUUAGCUCGGGCGUUGUUGUCGGAGUAAUGGCCGUCACUGUUUCCCUCCUGGCAAUGCAGAAAGACCACCACGCCCCUUCACCUAGUCAUCCUUCGCAAAAGCGUAAAGCUGGUUGA